GGAAGAUCUCGCGUUAACACUUUGUGGUUACCAGGGGAACGAGAGCCUGAGAAGUAGCGCUUGACUUGAGGUCUCUUGCUUUUGCUCAACGAAAUGAACACCGGAGAUACAGCGUUACAUUUCUAAUUCACAGAUACGUUUGUCAGAGCAAAUAAAUAAUAUCCUGCAAAAUGCCGUCACCACAAGUCCUCCAGCCAGUUCUUAAGAUGAAGGUGGACGAGCUAUUUCUCAACUGGUUGAGUGAUACUGCAACCCAGUCACUACUCAAAGAGUAUCUUGACCUAAUCAAAAGUGGACAACCCAUUGAUUUGAGCAGUGGGGACGCCCAGGAUAAAAGGUUGUUGACCUUCAAUGAGAACAACAAUGUGGCAUCCCAAAGGAACCUGGCCGAGAAGAAGCCCGCUCCCCUCGGUACUCCCUCCAGCCCCCCGUCUGCCAGUACACUACCCUCCGGCAGCAGCAGCAAUACCAGAGUGACAGGACCCAAUGGCAGAGUACUACGGAGGUCUGUCAGCACAAAAAAGCGCUGGAUUGAGUGUUGUGUUUGUGUAUAUGUCUUCCCCGUCCUGUCCGGAGCAAGGAUGAGGAUGAGGGAAGUGUCUCUGCGUCAGGACCCUGACCUGAGGAAGGAGUUGGCUCUGCUGGCACGUGGCUGUGACUUUGUUCUACCCUCUCGGUUCAAGAAGAGGCUCAGAGCCUUCCAACAAGGACAGGCCCAGGUGAGGACGGAGGAGCCCGUCACCACAGCCCUGAGUGAAAGCAUUCCAAAGUUUUACUUCCCACAGGGCCAGCCCCAAGCCAACGUCAACAUCGACAGCCUCAUUUCCAAAAUUGAGAAAGUAUUUUCCCAAUUCCCAAAUGAAAGGGCCACCAUUGAGGACAUGGGGCAGGUCGCCAAGGCCUGUGAGUGUCCUCUCUACUGGAAAAUGCCAUUGUUCUGCUUGGCUGGAGGCGACAGGACCGGCUUCAUGUCCGUUCACAAGUUUGUGGCUAUGUGGAGAAAAACUCUGCAGACCUGUCACGACGACGCUUCUAAAUUUGUGCACCUCUUGGCCAAGCCUGGCUGUAAUUACCUGGAACAAGACGACUUUAUUCCAUUCCUGCAGGAUGUGGUGAACUCACACGCAGGCCUGGCCUUCCUAAAGGAGGCACCGGACUUUCACUCACGAUACAUCACCACGGUGAUUCAGAGAAUAUUCUACAAUGUGAACCGUUCAUGGACUGGGAAAAUAACGUGUUCUGAGCUCAGGAAAAGUAACUUUCUACAGAAUUUGGCGUUGCUGGAGCAGGAGGAGGACGUGAACCAGCUGACAGAGUUUUUCUCCUAUGAACAUUUCUAUGUAAUCUACUGCAAGUUCUGGGAGUUGGACACUGACCAUGACCUCUACAUAGACCAGAAGGACCUGGCACAGCACAAUGACCAAGCCAUCUCCCAUAAGAUGAUUGAGAGAAUAUUCUCAGGAACAGUAACAAGACUUUUUCUUUUCUCACAUGCACCUCUGCUCGCUGCAUUCUCUGUACCUGUGUCCAGUAUAGAGUACUGGUUCCGCUGUAUGGACCUGGAUGGGGAUGGGGUGCUCAGCAUGUACGAGCUGGAGUACUUCUACGAGGAUCAGUGCCAAAAGCUGGAGACCAUGGCUAUUGAGCCCCUUCCCUUUGAGGACUGCCUCUGCCAAAUGCUUGACCUUGUGAAGCCUGAGGUCGAAGGUAAAAUAACUCUGAGGGACCUUAAAAGGUGCAAGUUGUCCCACAUCUUCUUCGACACCUUCUUCAACAUCGAGAAGUACCUGGACCACGAGCAGCGAGACCCAUUCUCGGUGAUAAAGGAGAUGGAGCCAGACGGUCAGGAGGUCUCGGACUGGGAGAAAUAUGCUGCAGAGGAAUACGACAUCCUCGUGGCUGAGGAGGCCGCCAACGAUCAGUGCAAUGGCGUGUAUGAUAAUCCUUUGAGCCCUUUAGGGCAGCACAUCUCCAGUGAGCUGGGUCUGACGAAGAGACACUUCUUUGAGAUCCCCAGUCCACACUGCAACCUGGACCUGGAUGAAUAUGAAUAUGAAGAUGACUUUGAAUGACCCCUCGAUCAUGUAGCGUUUUCUCACACGCCUGCUGAGCGCUGUGCGCUCCCACAAACCGAGCUUAACCAGCAGUGUUCGUCGAUGAAUCACAUCAAGCCCGAGAUUCCCAGGUUCCGGCCCGGUUCCCAGUAACAGGACACGCUUUAAUAAACACAACGCGCUGUCCGAGCACUGGUGGGGUCAGGUGUGCUGGAGAAAUGGACACAGCAUCAGAAAGUGGUUCUUUAAUACUUUACUAUGCCAGCUGUUUUAAUAUUUUCACCUGUCACGCUUAAAGAAGUCACCACAGCUGACUUCAUGAUGUCACGAGCAGCACGUUCAGGCCUUUGCUCCAUUUCCACAUGGUUACACAGGAGCGGUUGUGUUUGUGCGCGUAAUGCAUUGUAUUAUUUAUUUCUACUGAAGUACGGUACAUCUCAGUACUGUGAUCACAUUCACAUGAGCUAAAUCAUCAUUCUUUACACACGGGAGCUCCCUGGAUUAUUGGACAAAAACUCUGUUGAUUUGAUUCAGGGUUUGAACUAAUUAUCAUCUGAAGUCAUUGGCUAAUGUUACAUUCCAGUGAUCAUAACGGAAAGUUUUCUACAGGACUGUAAAUUCAUUAAUGGUUGUUAAAUGAGAAGAUACCGUAAAUGCCAAACAAGACACCAUUGAGCCUGCUGUACACACAGUUCACACUGCCACAAACACUGUAUAUUGUACAGGUCUGUACUCAUUAUGACGUAGAUUGACUGUGUGUGAGAUGGGGUUGUUAUUAAAUUAUUAGAGAUGGAUUUAUAUAUAACUGUACAUAUUUAUUUGGUGCUUGCUGUGUUGUAAAUGAUUUGGGGAAAGUGUUUUAGACAAAUUCUUUUUUCUAUGUUAUCAAGUACUUAAUUGUAUUGUACUUUGACAGAACAAAAGGAACCAAUUUUAAAAUGUUUUGCUUUUCUUUAAAUGAAUAAAGCCUUGGUUAAUGUAAGAGUUAA